ACUUCCUUCCAAGGAGCCCUGCUGUUUGCUGUUAUCUUCAGCCCAUACUAUCGCGGAACGGGUUACGAGCGAGUGUAUGUGCCGCGCGUGAUUAGUGGAAGAUGAAAGUCAUUGACAAACAACAGUGCUGCUGGUGCCGCUGUCACUUAUGUUGCGUUACGAUAUCUCUGGCAAAAGGACACCAUCAUCUCAAAGAUGCUCGUGGCCGCAAAGCGCUGAGCUCUGAGGAUGCGUAAUACCGUGGAAAAUGGUGAGCAACAUCAGGCCGGAAGUUUACAGAGUGGUACGCAUACGGAACGGACAACCAGUCAAAUGAGGCUGCGUGGUGCGUGCAAGGUCGUUGUCGGUCAAAUUGUGAAAUUGCCACAUUGUGGUCAACUGUUCGGCUGGUCGGUGCCGGACAGUCGUGGAGAAAGUGAGGAAAGAAAGAGUAUUUAUAUGCUCCCGUGUGUGUGUGAAUAGUGCAGUCUCUGCACUCAUAGGAAGUGCAACAGUGUAAACGGAAUAGGGAGUGUUGGUGUGCAGCAAAGCGAGAAAUGUCAAACAAGGCCACCGAAUCCACUUGGCUGCUUGGAUAAUCAAAACAAUAGCAACAAAGUUUGAAUACGAUCCGAAUCGUUUCGUCUGGCAGCUGUUUGUGGAUAUUUUGUGAGUAGUGUACCCACUGUGCCUGGCGGGUUGUAGAUAGAAACGUCAAGAUGUAUGUAGUUUUCUUUUCCGUGUGUUUUUUAGCAGCAUAACAACGUGCUGCGUGUAUAGGUAAGGGUUUAGAGCUAGUUUGUGUCUCUCUGUGCUUGGUGAAUAUAUGCCAGAAAGAAGGCCCAUAUCAACGCCCAUCGCAGGAACAACAGCAAUGGAAGAUAGCGCCAGCGGUCCACAUCGUUUCACAAACUAUUUGCAAGCGAACCAGCAGCAAACCAUCACUCCGAACAUGAUUGUACAGCAGCAUCGUCACUUUCAGCACCAGUGCAGGAUAUGUGGUGUGAACGAAGGGCUUCGCCGAUGUAGCCGUUGCCAGAUUGCGUACUACUGUUCGGUUGACCAUCAGCGAAUCGACUGGAAGGUGCACAAGACCGAAUGCCGCUCGAUACAUCAUCUGCCACAGCCAACGGCCGCUUCAGUGCAACAGCAACAGCAGAAUCUACAAACCCUAAGUGGUGCAGCAGUAGUAUAUUCUGCUGCCUUAACUGAAGGACCGCAACCGACUUCAAAUCAGCAGUUGGCGAAUGUUUUCAUGCCAUCGCAACCAUCAGACGACGGUAGUUUUUGUGUACGUGCAGAAAUGCUACUGCCGGAUUGCAGUACAACUACCAUCAGCGGUGGAUUGCUGCCACAGCCGUCAAAUGUAAACAUCGCUGCGCACCCUUCACUCACACAGCCAUCCGUUGAUCAGAAUGCGUCUGCUGCAAUCGCAUCCACCUCUACCCGCCCGUCACAAACAACCAUCGUUGGCACUGCUGCCAUCGAUGACGGUGGGGGAUUGUUAACUCCGGGUGUUGCAGAGACGACGUGCGCGCGAACGCAGCAACCGAUGAUAGCGUCCGAUGGUAGUGACAGUGGCGAUGAAUUUCUGAACGAGCUCGCAGUUUCAAAGUUGUUCCCGAUCGAUGCGCUAGCGUCUGCCGAAGAGCUCGCCGAUCUUGACCAGCUCGAUGUGGAUCAUAUACUGAAUGAGAACAAUUUUCUCAACAACAUAAACAAUCUUAACGUGUUUGACGGUACCGAACAGCAUCUGCCACCGGAACAACUGUUCGAGUCGGAUUUUGUGAUCGCGGACGUGCAGAAAACGGACAACAACAAUCGCAACUUUGGCAGUGAGUUUAGCCAGGACGCGGUUGCGUUUCAGAAGAACAAUAAUAACAAUUUUGUAAACGGCCCUGUUGUGCUAAGUGACGGUUGUGAAAGUGAUUACGUGCAGGGCGGGCACGAUCGAGACAAUCCGUCGUACGGUGGAAAAACGACCAAAAUGCAGGUGGCACAAUCGGGUAGCGUGAUGUUGCUACAGCAACCGCAACAGCAACAGCAGGCACAGCUUGAUCAGCGGACAACCAAAGCUCAGCAACAGAAACAACAAUUGGCCGCACUGUUCCGACAGGCCAAUAGUGCCGUUGAUGGACCCAUUCUGUCCAAAGUGGUGGAUACAAGUGAUGCUGCCCUGCUGUUGGGUGGUGCGAAGCAGGAUGCACGUAAGGGAAGGACAUUGCAAAUUUCCAAUCAUGGUGUUACGAAUGGAAAACCCGCUUCCGGUUUGAGUGUUAAUGUUAGUGGGGGACCGGUGGGUGUUAUGAGUUCAGUUGGCGGUGAAGCCACCCAGGGUGCGUUCGAUUUGGACAGUGACAGUUUGGACGAAGCCUGUCGCAGUUUGAUACGGGAUAUGAAUGAGUAUGGGGUGUGUGUGCUGGACAAUUUUCUUGGCCAGGAACGCGGUCUGCAAGUGCUGGACGAGGUGACCGGAAUGUAUUCGUCCGGAGUGUUUCGGGACGGUCAGCUAGUGUCGAACCGCGGUGGAAACAAUUUACGCCAUAUACGAGGAGAUAAAAUUACCUGGAUUGGUGGAAAGGAACCAGGCUGCAGCAGCAUAGGAUAUCUUAUUAAUCGCGUUGACGCCGUCAUUACCAACUGCAAACGGAUGAAGAACAAUGGCAAACUUGGGCGAUAUAACAUCAAAGAGCGAACGAAGGCAAUGGUCGCAUGCUAUCCUGGCUCCGGAUCCCAUUACGUUAAGCACGUAGACAAUCCCAACCGUGACGGACGCUGCAUUACUGCCAUCUACUAUCUUAAUCUCGAUUGGGACGUUCGGGAAAGCGGUGGUUUAUUAAGAAUUUUCCCGGAAGGAUGCAACGAUCGGGUUGCCGACAUUGAACCGAUCUUUGAUCGUAUUCUGUUCUUCUGGUCCGACCGGCGAAACCCGCACGAAGUACAACCGGCCCAUCGCACCCGGUACGCUAUUACGCUCUGGUACCUGGAUGCGGAGGAACGUGAAUCGGCACGGUUACGCUACCAGCGAGACUGUGAGAGCCGGUUUAAGGCUUAAGUUCACGUAGAAACCACCGAAAGGCACGUAAAGGACCCGCGAUCCCAAUUGGUUACGGGUAGGAAGCGUAAUGCAAGUGCUCGCGAUCUUACCAAAUCGAAUAAUUUAUUAGCAAAAUUGUUAUUAAAAUGUGAUAUAACUAUACAUACUUAUAACUAUGGUAGGUGAGUGUGUACACGAGGUCGAGGAUAGAGUUGACUAUUUUACGUAACCUUUAAACGUACUAAUAGAUAAUUUGCGUGUGCGUGCGUGAUUUGUCUGAGCCAGUAUAUUAGAAUGGUAGGAAACGGUAAGAUAAAAAACAAAACAAAGGGUAAGCUACAGCAAUCACGCCUCGUAAGCUUGUGUGCAUAAUAAAGUAAGUAGGAAACGAAAACGAAUUAAAAGAACAUGAAAAUGAUAGGAACGAGACUAAGAGGCAUGAAGCUAUUCUGGGCAAGCAAAUUUAAAUGGAGCUGUGCAGAUUUGUUGAUACGAUAUGUUGAUCACGGUUUCAUUAGCUAGCAAAAUGCGGGAAUAUUACCAUUCGGCCGUUUGAUUGCUGAUAGGGAAAGGGAAGAGCUAUACACAACUUUGGCAGGAAACAGGACAUUGUAGAUGAAAGCAACAAACGUUUUAUCGUUUGUAUUGUAUUUCGCUUAUAAUGGAAGUAUGUAAGACGUUAGGGUACGCACUUGAUACGAGCGAACCGUAUAGGGUGUGACAAAGAACACAAAUCAGAUGGGAUGGAAUGUGAGGAAUGGAUUUUCAAAAAAGUGUUUGCGCGAUAAAUUUGUAUAUGCGCUAUACAAUAUUAGAUAGCUUCCGAAACUGUAUGUGUUGCGUUUCAUGUAUUUUUUUAUUGAAUAUAAGUUAAACAUUC